AUGGACGGCAUCAGGAACCUCGCCUCGACGGUGUCGAGCCGCUUCACCAACAACGUCACCGCCUCCUUCUCGGCCCUGACCCUGCAGCAGUGGAUCCGCCUCGUCGCCAUCGUGGGCGCCUACCUGCUCCUGCGGCCCUACAUCCUCAAGCUCGGCGCCCGGUUCCAGAUGAAGCAGCUCGAGAAGGAGGGCGAGGAGUCGGAGCGCGAGGCCGCGCGCCUCGCCGCCCUGACGCCCAACGAGCUGCGCGGCCAGAACAAGAAGCUCGUCCUGCCCGACGAGAGCGACAGCGAGGGCGACGAGGCCGAGGGCGCCGGCGCCGGCUCCUCGGCGACCGACUGGGGCAAGAAGGCGCGCAGGCGGCAGAGGCACAUGGUCAAGAAGAUGCUCGAGGCGCACGAGAAGAAGCUGGCCGAGGAGCAGGCGGACGAGGAGGACAAGGAUAUCCAGGAGUUCCUGGUGGAUUAA